CCCACAACUAGUAAGUACAAAUUAGAGUACAAAAGAAGUGUCUAGUUAAACUCCAAAGGAACCUACUAUCAUUAUCAAUACUCAAUUAAUAACUAGGGCACUACCCCUAAACGUCAGACAACUAACAGCAUUGCUGGCUUUUGCUGCUCUCACCACCUUCUCUAUUAUAAACCCUUUUUCUCUCAAAUCGGCUACGAAAGUCUUCUUCACUGUUUAGUUGGAAUCCCAAAACUUGAUUAUUCGAUUAAAUAAUUGACGCACUAAUUUUCUUCUGAAAUUUCUUUUGCUAAGUUUAUGAAACACUCAAUUAAGAAGUUAGUGAAGAAAUGAUGGCACUGACAGAAAAUAGCUCUUCAUGGCAACCACAAGAGCAAGGGGUUAGGGAGAUUUGUGCAUUGUUGGAGCAGCAAAUAUCACCAGUGUCUACUUCUGAAAAAUCUCAGAUAUGGCAGAAGCUGCAACACUAUACUCAGUUCCCUGAUUUCAACAACUACCUGGCCUUCAUUUUGUCUCAUGCUGAGGUUAAUCCAGUGGAAGUUCGACAAGCUGCUGGCUUACUUCUGAAGAAUAAUCUAAGAUCCUCUUUCAAAAAUAUGGCCCUUGCUAAUCAGCAAUAUGUAAAAUCACGGUUGUUGCCUUGUUUAGGAUCACCUGAUAGGCACAUCCGUAUGACUGCAGGGACAAUUAUUAGUGCCAUCGUACAAUUAGUCGGAGUUAUAGGUUGGACUGAGCUGUUGCAGGCUCUCUUAACCUGUCUAGACAGUACUGAUCUCAACCAGGUUGAAGGAGCAAUGGAUGCUUUAUCAAAGAUUUGUGAAGACGUACCUCAACUACUUGAUUCAGAGGUUCCAGGAAUGACUGAACGUCCAAUAAACAUUUUCCUCCCAAAACUGUUUGAGUUUUUUCGCUCAACGCAUACCUUGCUAAGAAAGCUUGCAUUGAAUUCUGUCAAUCAGUAUAUUAUGUUAAUGCCAUCUUAUCUAUAUAUGUCAAUGGAUCAAUACCUCCAUGGCUUAUUUCUUCUUGCGAAUGAUCCUGCUCCCGAGGUGCGGAAACUGGUCUGUUCAGCUUUUGUUCAGCUUGUUGAAGUUAAGCCCUCAAUUCUCGAGCCGCAUAUAAGGAAUGUGAUAGAAUAUAUGCUACAAGUAAACAAGGAUGGUGAUGAAGAAGUGGCACUUGAAGCUUGUGAAUUCUGGUCUGCUUACUGUGAUGCGCAAUUAUCACCUGUGAAUUUGAAGGAGUUUCUACCAAGACUUAUCCCUGUUUUGUUAUCAAAUAUGGUUUAUGCUGAUGAUGAUGAGUCAUUAAAUGAAGCAGAGGAGGACGAGUCUAUACCUGAUCGUGAGCAGGAUUUGAAGCCUCGGUUUCAUUCAUCUCGUUUUCAUGGAUCAAAUGAUGUGGAGGAGGAUGACGAUGUUGUCAAUGUGUGGAAUUUGCGGAAAUGUAGUGCUGCUGCUUUGGAUAUUCUCUCAAAUGUGUUUGGGGAUGAUAUUCUUCCUACCUUAAUGCCUUUAAUUCAGGCUAACUUAACGACCAGUGAUGAUCAGUCCUGGAAAAACAGAGAAGCUGCUGUUUUAGCCCUUGGCGCUGUGGGAGAAGGCUGCAUUAAUGGUUUGUACCCUCAUCUCUCAGAGAUAGUCAAUUUUCUCAUUCCUCUCCUGGAUGAUAAAUUUCCUCUUAUACGUAGCAUUUCUUGUUGGACAAUUUCUCGUUUUAGCAAAUUUAUCGUUCAGGGCAUUGGGGACCAGAAGGGAAAUGAACAGUUUGAGAAAGUAUUAAUGGGUCUUCUACAAAGAAUAUUAGACUCAAAUAAACGCGUCCAGGAAGCUGCCUGUUCAGCUUUUGCAACACUUGAAGAGGAAGCUGCUGAAGAGUUGGCACCACGGUUAGAAACUAUAUUGCAGCACUUGAUGUGUGCAUUUGGAAAAUACCAGAGAAAAAAUUUGAGGAUUGUCUAUGAUGCUAUUGGAACUUUAGCUGAUGCUGUCGGAUGGGAGCUAAAUCAGCCUAGGUAUCUAGAAAUCUUAAUGCCUCCACUGAUUGCAAAGUGGCAACAACUUUCAAAUUUUGAUAAGGAUAUUUUCUCUUUGCUCGAGUGUUUUACCUCGAUAGCUCAGGCAUUGGGUCCAGGGUUUUCACAGUUUGCCGAGCCUGUUUUUCAGAGAUGCAUAAACAUCAUCCAGACACAACUAAUGGCUAAGGUUAAUACGAGUUCUGCUGGUGUUCAGUAUGACAAAGAUUUUGUUGUGUGCUCUCUUGAUUUGCUUUCUGGACUGGUAGAGGGCCUUGGCAGUGGCAUCGAGAGUUUGGUGUCACAUAGCAUAUUGAGAGAUCUGCUUUUGCAAUGUUGUGCAGAUGAUUCUCCUGAUGUCAGACAGAGUGCUUUUGCACUUCUUGGGGAUCUUGCAAGAGUUUGUCCUGUUCAUCUUCACUCUUGUUUGCCACAGUUUCUUGAUAUUACAGCAAAGCAGCUGGAAAUUUCCGAGCUGAAAGAAACGAUUUCUGUAGCAAAUAAUGCUUGUUGGGCAAUUGGUGAAUUGGCCGUUAAGGUUCGACAAGAAAUUUCACCAGUUGUAAUGGCAGUCACCUCUUCCCUAGUUCUAAUACUUCAGCACGCCCAGGAGCUUAAUAAGUCGCUUAUAGAGAAUGCUACUAUUACUCUGGGAAGGUUUGCCUGGGCCUGUCCGGAGCAUGUAUCACCACACAUGGAACUUUUCAUGCAACCAUGGUGCAAAGCAUUGGCCAUGAUUCGCGAUGACAUUGAAAAAGAAGAUGCUUUUCGAGGUUUAUGUGCGGUGGUUAAAAAGAAUCCUAAUGCAGCUUUGAGCUCACUUCCCUUUUUACUGAAAGCAAUUGCUAGUUGGCAUGAAAUUAGAAGCCCGGAUCUGCACAAUGAAGUCUGCCAGGUGAUGCAUGGCUAUAAACAGUUGCUCAAGGAACAAUGGGACCUAUGUAUUUCGUCUUUGGAGCCGCAGGUGAAGGACAGAUUGUCGAAGUAUCAAAUAUAGAGUUUGUCGGUAUUCAAUUCAGAUGUCAUCGAGGUUUUGACCAAUUCAAGAGUUUGCUACCGCAUUGUGCUUUUGAAUAUUCUGUCAUUCAAAUUCUCAUAUUUUAUCGGUGCUUUGAUUCGUUCCAUGCCUAGACUGGUGAUUGCAAUUUUUGGUAAAGCAACACAAAUAUUGAGCUCGAGUGCUAUUGAAUCUGAUCCCUACCUCUGUGCGCAAGAUAGUGAUAGGAGCUUGGCGCGGGACAAUACAUGUGUAAACUGGUCAUAUUAUUAUCUUUGAUUCAUAGGGUUUUGGCUUAUCUUGUAUUUAGAGAGAAGGUCAUGUAAUAUAAUUUUUGUGUACAUUCUUCACAACUUACAGUUAAAAUUCAUUUUUCCCAUUCAUUUGAUCAUGUUGGUCGGAACAAAUACCGGUUUUCUACAUGUUUUGAUGUAUGUUUCGAUAUACAUUUUCCUACAAUAUUUGGUUGAGUCUUAAUAGAAUUCAAGGUGCAAAGUUCAUUCU